AUGGAAUACAAAGCAACAUUAGAUCAUAAUUUAAAAAUGCCAAGAUUGAUUAUUUACAUUGACAAAUCACCAGAAGAAAUAUGGGAUAGAAUGCAACGAGAGGGAAAAGAUUAUCAAAAGAAAAGUAAAGUGUAUUCAUUAGAAUUUCUUCGAACAAUGGAUAGAAUAAUGAAAGACGAAUUUUUACCACGUAUGAGUUCAUUUUGUCACAUACUGCAAUAUACUGAAGAAGAAUUAAAUAUUGAAGAUGUAGUAUUUGAUAUUGAGCAAUUGGAUUUUACUGUUGACGGUAAAUUUAAAGAUUGGAGAAUAACAAACGAUUUGGAAGUGGAAUGGCAUCGAGCAUUAUUACAGAACGAAGAAUGGUGGACUCGGAUGUUUAAUAUAAAUCGUUAUACAAGAGCAUGUGAAUGGCGAACAGAACCAAAUGCACUAAAGGCAACUGUUGAGAUGAUGAAAUAUGAUAAACGAUAUGAAUGGAAAACAAAUAACUGGGAUAUUCGUCCAUUUUUCUUUAAUAUGCUUACAUGGAAACGUCUGCCAUUCUAUUAA